ACAGAUGCGAUUCGGUCCCCGACGUUCACCAAAAAGGGCCGUUCAAAAAGAGCCGUUCGUUCGCGAACGACCCAUCACUGACACUUUGUACCCUUCAGGAGCUUCUGCUUUUCAAAACGUGGUGUAGGAAUAUUCGUCAAAUUGUAUAUGCAGAGGACACGGGUCUGUAAACAUUCUGUUUGGCAGAAUAUCCCGGGAGUGCACAACGCUGGCGAAAAUGGAGGGGUUUCUACAGAGAUGUAGCGCUGCAUUAAAGGGCAGUUCGGAGGGCAGCUCUGGGAUCCACAUUGUCCUUGGCAACGAGGCCUGUGACCUCGACUCCAUGGUGUCGUCCCUCGCCUUCGCCUACUUUCUGUCCACAGCGUCUGGCAGCUCGUGUAAGACUGUGGUGCCAGUGCUGAACAUCCCGAGGGCCGAGUUCCCCCUACGUUUAGACAACGUGUUCCUGCUGAAGGAGAGCGGGGUUCCAUCAGAGGCUCUGGUGUUCCGUGACGAGGUGGACCUGGCAGGGCUCCAUAGAGCCAAGAGGCUGGUUCUCUCCCUAGUGGACCACAACGUGCUUCCUAGUGCCGACAUUGACUUGGAGGAGGCAGUUGUGGAAGUCAUUGAUCACCACCACCUCGAGAGGACACCCUCCACUUCCUGUUCGGUCACCAUGGAAACCGUGGGUUCCUGUGCCACCUUGGUGACAGAGUACAUUCACCACAAGGCACCUGAAGUGCUAGACAGACAGGUGGCCCAAUUAUUAUAUGGGGCCAUUGUGCUGGAUUGUGUCAACAUGGCCCCAGAGGCGGGCAAGGUCACACCCAAGGACAGCCUUCUGGCCUGCCUACUGGAGUCGCGCUUCCCAGACCUGCCACCCAGGGGUGCCCUCUUCCAGUCCCUACAGAGCGCCAAGUUUGACAUCUCAGGUCUUUCUACAGAGCAGAUCCUGCUGAAGGACAUGAAGGCUGUCUCCGAAGGCGACCUGAGACUGGCAGUCAGCGCUGUGUACAUGACACUAGAUAUGUUCCUACAGCGGAAGAGCCUACAACGGGAGCUUUGUGAGUUCUGUCACAAACAUCGUUUUGGUGCGGUGGUCGCCAUGACAAUCUCUUUCAAUGAACGCAGCGAGCCCCAUCGGCAGCUGGCGGUCUACAGCUCCAGCACCCUCUAUAGGGAGGAGGUGAGCCAAGCAUUAGAAAAGGCCCGGAACCCCUCUCUGUGCAUCUCUCCAAUGAGCAGCCCCUUCAACGACAUCAAGUCCUAUCUCCAAGGCAAUGCGCUGGCCUCCCGCAAGAAAGUGCUACCUAUCCUCAAGGACUUCCUGAAGGAGUGGGACAAGAAGCAAGUGCAUUGCGGGGAGACGGAGGACUUUGAGGAGCUGGACAACCACUUUGACCCCACGGGGUCGCCUGGAAUCGACAGAGACUCCCGCCCCCACUGCUUCUCGGCCUCUCGGCACCACCGUCGCCGCCUGUUGGGCGCCGAGGACUCUGGGAUGGAGGAAGACUUCCAGGUGCCGGCCACACCCAUGAACAGUCUGGUGGAGGGCUGUCCACUGGACGCCGGCCUGCCCCAGAUCAGCUCGGAAGCCAUUUUGGAGAAGUUCAGCUGCAUGGUAGGGGAAGCAGGGGGUAAUAAAGAUGUCAGCUGGCCAGGUGAUCAAUAACCUUCUGUUGAUGCCUUUAAAUCCUAGUGCCCCUGGCUCUCUGUCCGUGUGCACUGCAACCCAACCAAAAGACUAUAAGAAGUGUUCAAACUCAGAAGCAUAUCAAUCAAUUGUAUGUUUCAUAAAGGACAUCUCAUAGCGGAUUAUAAUGACAAUCCAAGGGGCCAUGUACAGUAACUCACUCACUGGUUAUAUAGCAAUCCAAGGUUUUCUAUCAGCAGCUCCGGUGAUUGACUGGAAACAGGGUUGUGUUCAGGAGGAACAAAACCACCCAAAACGGAGUGAAGCAGGGAGUUACCAUCUUAAUUUAUCUAAUAAGAAAUGCUCGUUUUUGUUUUCCGUUGCAAAACGUUUUGCUACGGUGUGCCCAAAUGAACACAACCCUGGACUGCCAUAGCCAUCAAACUGAUCACCAAGUUCUUAUGGAUGCUUUACUCAAGUCAGGACUAACAACACCAUUACGAAGGAUAGGACAUCCUUCUAAAAUGGCUGGCAAACCGGAUGAAAAAAGCAUGACUUGUACCUUCGAAGACUCCAGACAACAAUGAAGGUUCAAUUGUGUUUUCUCUCUGUAUCCCAUCUGAGUACAUGGGACUGCCUCAUUGGUUAGUGCCAUCUCCAAGUGUAGGGGGAGUAGAUUGGACAUUUGGAGAAUACAUGAUGGACUAAUGUAAUGAAUCUUUGAAAGGCCUAUUUCAAUGUCACAGGCAUUUGAGUGAAGCUUUAUUUUGAGGAGAAUAUUGCCCUGGAGAAUGACUUUAUCCAUUUUUGCAGCAUGUGUUUCAGUAGUCCUGGUCAUUGAAAACUGCAGAGUUUGCUGUUUUUUAGUGCAACUUAUCUAUGUAUAGCUUCAGUAGGGAGUUAUUGUGCUGAUGAUUGAGCACGUAAUAUCUACUGGCAUGUGUGUGCGAGCGAGCGCGCGCGCGCGCGUGUGUGUGUGUGUCUGGAGUUCUUGGUUAGCGUGAUAUCACGAUGACAUUAUCAUCAGGGUUGUUUCAGUCCACAGUUCUCCUCAUUGUCGGCAUCCAUCUGGAAAAGAACGAAGAGAGAGAGGUGGAGAGAUACAUACCAGAUGCCGGAUGCAACUCUGCUGUUCAUUCAUGCAUAUGAACUGCCUGCCCCCAGUCAGAUCUCGAAAAUUGCAGGUUUCCUUUUUUUUUCUUUUUCGUCAUGAAUCUUGUUCUGGAGGCAGCUCUGCAGAGUGGUCACUAGCUGGCACAGCCACAAAGUCAUACCUAACCUUAACCCUAAUCACACUGCUAACUCUAAUGCAUAAACCUAAACUUAAAUUAAGAUCAAAACCCUUUUUGUUUUCAUGAAUUUGUACAAUAUAGACAUUUUUGAGUGUGAGGCUGGCCCAUCUACCGGAAAUCACAUAGUUUUGCCUCAAGGACAAGACUCAUCCCAAUAAACGUUUACCUGUGCUAAAUAUACUCUCUCUCUCUCUCUCUCUCUCUCGCAGGUUUUUCUGAGAUUUAGAUCUCAAAGCUACUUCAGCUGCCCAAAUAUACACAAAUCUUAUGUGGAAUUUAUCGUCUAGAUUUAUUUAGGGAUUACCAUUGAUUAUGUCAUCCUAAUGAAAUCAUAACAUUUUGAGAACAAAUUAAGUGAUGCAGAGGUUGACUUCAUGCAUACAAUUUUGCGCUGAAUUUUGUUCGGCAUGUUAUUCCUGCAUUACAAAAAACGGUGAUACGUUUCUAUUAAUACCCCCCUUUGUAUUUUUGAGUUACCAGACAUUUGCCUGUUCCCAGAUCUGUUUGUGCUCUUGCCAACUCCUAUCAUCAGAGUUGACUAUACAGCAUCAACAGAUCUGGGCUAGUGAUGAAUUGCUCUGAUGAUGGUAUCUGAUCUGGAAUCUGUGUCGCAUACCCCAGGGAGCCUUGUGGCGGUUCAUUUGAGGAAACAUUACUGCAUUAGUGCAGAUGUCUGCUUCAUUAGCUGUCUGUAGUUGGGCCUGAGGAGUAGGUUUGAACUUACUGUACCACAGAGAUGUGCAUACACCCCUAGGAAAACCCACAUACAGAUGAAUGCACAGACACAAACACAUUAGACAGUGGCCCGAUUCCAUUUCAGUCACUAGUCUCUUCCUUUAGCUCUACCAUUUCAGUGUUCCCAGAUCACAAGGAUUCGAUAGGUCUAAGUAAGUGAUAAGAUGAUGGUUCCUACCUCGUUCGAUAGGGUAUGUGAAGGUUCUACCAUACACUCAUCUAUCCAGUCCUUUUGCAUCGUGGAACUUCAAACUCUGAGAACUAUGGAGGGCGGCAUGGACUAAAUUGGAAUCCUGCUAGUCUAGCUGGAACUUCAGCUUUGUUAGAAAUCCCAGAUUUGAUUUAAUAUGUCUUUGACAGCAGAAAACAUCUGAGAAUGUUGACUAGACCUUAGCUGAACCAUUUAAUGAAGAUAUUAAAUGAAGAUAGUAUAGUUGAUUAUACCACUUGAUUGCAUAAAUCAACCAUGUAGUUUCAUUGAUUUAUUCUCUACAUCACAGUGAGAAGGUGUGUUCUGUCACAUAGUUUAUAGUAAAAGAAUAUGUUGUGUCUAGGCUAGAAUGGUAUUGAUAGUGAGUUUUCUAUUAAACAUACUCUGAAAGAUUAUUAUAUUGAGCCUCAGGUAUUAAGGAUUUGGCAAUGCUUGGCUUGUAGUUGUUUUUUUUUUUUUGCCAGCUAAACCUGCCUGAGCCAAAAAAGAUCCAUUGUGCUAAUUAUGUUUUGUCCUUCUUCUUUAUCUCCAAAUAUACUUUUUGUUGAAAUGUUUCAUGGGAAAUGUAGCUUAUGUGGUGGACAGUGUAAUGGCUCAGUGACUCUGCAGUUUCAUGUGAACACUAAAACGAGUUUGUUUCUCCCACACCAUUUGUCAUGAUUACAUGUUUUAGUAAACACUCUUGUCACUGCGGUGUUCUAAUUUUCCCAGGCCUUUAAUUAAGGUUGGAAAUGUUAGCUUGCUGGACUUGUUUAGCUUCUAAACAGGUUGAAUGACAACAAGUAAUUGACAAUGUUGUUUCUUUAACCCAAACUGGUUCCCUUUUCCAGUUUCUCAUGGCUUUAAUCCAAAGAUGCCCUCCUCAACCCCUCUACAUGCAGUUCCUUUCAGUAGUUUUGUGAAUUUUAUGCAGGACAAUCGGGAUUCAACUUCUCGCAAUGUGAAAAAAGUGUUUGCUAUGUGGUUCCUGAAUGCGAAACCACAUGUAUGACAAGAUUAUAAGAGAAAAUGUUCAACUAUGCACUUCUAUUAAAAAAAAUGGAUUUGAAGAGUUUGUGUUGUCGUCAGGUUUAAUUCAGGCUUCUAACUGAUUCUGGGUUAUUGGUCUGAUUCAAAAUCAUAACCUAAAGCUAAGAUUUCUACAAGGCACUAUUGGAAUAUUUGGUGCCUAUCACUAAUUAUCUCGAACUCCACCAGUCAGCAGUGUCUAAUUUCUCUUAGGGUGUGUUCUCACCAUUUCCCCACCGUAUGCUGUGUGCGCGUGUGCAUCCACCCAUUCCUGGUCAUGUCUCAACAUGUCAUUGUGUUCAUAGACAGUGCCUUCAGAAAGCAUUCAUCGCACCACCUGAUUUUUUUCUUCUUCUACAUUUUGUUGUGUUAAAAGUCUGAAUUUAAAAUAGUUUAAAUUGAGAUUUCUUGUCACUGGCCUACACACAAUACCCCAUAAUGUCAAGUGGAAUUAUGUAAAAAAAAA